AUGAAGCAUUCCCAAAAAUACCGUAGGUAUGGAAUUUAUGAAAAGACUGGUAAUCCCUUUAUAAAAGGGUUGCAAAGGCUGCUUAUCGCUUGCUUGUUCAUUUCAGGCUCGCUGAGUAUUGUCGUUUUUCAGAUCUGUCUACAGGUGCUUCUCCCUUGGAGCAAGAUUAGAUUUCAAAAUGGUAUAAAUCAAAGUAAGAAGGCUUUUAUCGUUUUAUUAUGCAUGAUCUUGAACAUGGUGGCUCCCUCUUCUUUGAAUGUCACUUUUGAAACAUCGCGGCCAUUGAAGAACUCUUCUAACGCCAAGCCAUGCUUUAGAUUUAAAGACAGGGCUAUAAUAAUUGCAAAUCAUCAAAUGUAUGCAGACUGGAUUUAUCUCUGGUGGCUUUCCUUUGUUUCAAAUUUGGGUGGUAACGUUUAUAUCAUCCUGAAGAAAGCUCUGCAGUACAUACCAUUACUGGGAUUUGGCAUGCGAAAUUUUAAGUUUAUAUUUUUAAGUAGGAACUGGCAAAAGGAUGAGAAAGCUUUAACAAAUAGUUUGGUUUCUAUGGACUUAAACGCGAGGUGCAAGGGGCCCCUUACAAAUUAUAAGAGUUGUUAUUCCAAGACAAAUGAAUCCAUUGCCGCUUAUAAUUUAAUCAUGUUCCCUGAGGGUACAAAUCUAAGCCUCAAGACAAGAGAAAAAAGCGAGGCAUUCUGUCAAAGAGCACAUUUGGACCAUGUCCAAUUAAGACAUUUGUUAUUACCGCACUCUAAAGGCUUGAAGUUUGCAGUAGAAAAACUAGCUCCUAGUUUAGAUGCUAUCUACGAUGUCACUAUUGGAUAUUCUCCCGCCUUGAGAACGGAAUACGUCGGCACCAAAUUCACCUUGAAGAAAAUAUUCUUAAUGGGUGUCUAUCCGGAGAAAGUAGAUUUUUAUAUUAGGGAAUUUAGAGUUAAUGAGAUCCCUUUGCAAGAUGACGAAGUUUUUUUCAAUUGGUUACUGGGCGUGUGGAAAGAAAAAGAUCAACUGCUAGAAGACUACUACAACACAGGCCAAUUUAAAAGUAAUGCUAAAAAUGACAACCAAUCCAUCGUUGUUACGACACAAACGACUGGAUUUCAGCACGAAACAUUGACACCCCGUAUCCUUUCAUAUUACGGGUUCUUCGCUUUUCUUAUUCUUGUAUUUGUGAUGAAAAAAAAUCAUUGA